CUUCUUCUUCUUUUUCUCUGCGACGAUUCCACAAUACAGUAGCAGAGAAAAGCUCUCGAGCUCUCUCGGUUCUCCGACGAUGGAAGGGGGCGGCGGCGCGUCGUACCAGCGGUUCCCGGUGGUGAAGGUCCGGGAGACGAAGGACGACUACCUCAAGUUCGAGCUCCGGGGGACGGACGCCAGCGUGGCCAACGCCCUCCGCCGCGUCAUGAUCGCGGAGGUCCCCACCAUCGCCAUCGACCUCGUCGAGAUCGAGGUCAACUCCUCCGUCCUCAACGACGAGUUCAUCGCCCACCGCCUCGGCCUCGUCCCCCUCACCUCCGACCGCGCCAUGUCCAUGCGCUUCUCCCGCGACUGCGACGCCUGCGACGGCGACGGCCAGUGCGAGUUCUGCUCCGUCGAGUUCCACCUCCGCGCCAAGUGCAUGACCGACCAGACCCUCGACGUCACCAGCAAGGACCUCAUCAGCUCCGACCACACCGUCGUCCCCGUCGACUUCUCCGACGCCCUCGCCGACGAUUCCGCCGAGCAGAAGGGAAUUACUAUUGUGAAGCUUCGCCGAGGGCAAGAGCUAAGGCUGCGAGCAAUAGCAAGAAAAGGAAUUGGCAAAGAUCAUGCAAAGUUCCCCGCAGCCACAGUGACAUUCAUGUAUGAACCUGAAAUUCACAUCAAUGAAGAUUUAGUGGAAACCUUGUCCCUUGAGGAAAAACAAAGUUGGGUGGAAAGCAGUCCCACCAAAGUGUUUGACAUCGAUCCAAAUACUGAGCAGGUGCUAGUGGUUGAUCCUGAGGCUUACACUUAUGAUGAAGAAGUAAUAAAAAAAGCUGAAGCCAUGGGGAAGCCAGGUCUUGUGGAGAUAUAUGCAAAGGAGGACAGUUUUAUAUUCACUGUCGAAUCCACUGGAGCAAUUAAAGCUUCACAGUUGGUACUCAAUGCCAUAGACGUGUUGAAGCAAAAACUGGAUGCAGUUCGCUUAUCAGAAGAUACAGUGGAAGCUGAUGAUCAAUUUGGGGAGCUAGGCGCUCAUAUGCGCGGAGGAUGAUUGGACUGUAAAAUAGCGUAUUUUUAAACCUGAUCUUUAAAUGUUUCUAGUGGAUCUUCAUGGAACCCUUUUAAUCUGUUUUAGCGACACCAAAUUAUCAGCCAGUGAUUUCAAUCUUUCUUA